AUGUUUGAUAACUCUCACUACCCCUUCAACUGUUUUAACUACGAUGGAGACGGAUACCCUUCCUCUAGCACGGACGAAGAGAAGAAAAUGUGUAGACCCGCGUACAGCUACAUAGCUCUGAUAGCCAUGGCCAUCCAGCAGAGCCCCGAGCAGCGGGUCACUCUGUCGGGCAUCUACGAGUUCAUCAUGAAGAGAUUUCCUUACUACCGCUCCAACCAGAGAGCCUGGCAGAACUCCAUCCGACACAACCUGUCUCUCAACAGCUGCUUCAUCAAGGUUCCACGGACAGAGGGAAAUGAGAAGGGAAAGGGAAACUAUUGGACUUUUGCCACCGGCUGUGAAUCCAUGCUCGACCUGUUUGAAAACGGCAACUUCCGGCGUCGCCGGCGCAGGAGGAACAUGAAAAUCGGCUUCCGUGAUUCGGGAGAAACCCCUUUCCACCACUUGGAGAGCCACAGAAAUCAGCACGCACCUGCAGCUCGGCGCCAUGAACCUGACUCCACCCUCUGCUCUAUAAGCCCAGAGAGGCCGAGGCCGGGCCCCCAGCAAAACCACCGCAUCCCAAACCCCACCCAGCAGGGGAAACCAGAGUCAGAGAUCAAGUUUAGCAUUGACUACAUCCUGUCCACCCCAGAUCCGCCCCUGCUUGGGUCCAGAUCCUCCCACGGCCCUGUUCACAUAGGUCCCACAGGGCCGCCCAUACAUAUUCUGGAGCCCCAACAUCUGAACCUGCAUUUCUGGACUCUGUAAGAGGAGAGGAAAGCAGAAAGUGAACUUAUUCCUUCAUUAUCAUCUGUGUCCAAAACUGGGAACUACUGUAAGAAGACAGAAGAAAAACUCCACAAGCGGAAUUUUACUGACUUGAAAAUGUAAAUGAUGAACAAAGUAAAGAGGUACAGUAUUGUGUGAUGCAUUCUAGAUGGAAACUUAAAGAAAGCAUCAUGUUGUCUAAGAAUUCAUCUGAAAGAUAAAAUGUGAACAAUCCAGAACAAUCCAGUAAAGCAUUCAUAUUGUCAUUAUACCGUAUGUGCAGUGUCCAGUGCUGACAUAGAUUAGGUUUACAGUAUUCUCUAUAUGUAUAUACACAAGUGUGUGUUUGAAAAUAUUUUAAA